GUGUUAAUAAUAUAAUUUAUCGAAUUAACAACUUGUUGAUAUAUGCGCACAUUUACUUCCUACUUUUCUUUCUAUCCGCGCGAACCUUCACCCGCAUUACUGGUAUCCUAGCAACGAGAAAACGAGCCAACACUUCCGGUCCGCACACCAGCCGACAGUGUUUUCCUACCAUCCAGUAUGUCUGUGAAGGCGCCAGCAGUGCUGGCAAAGACCCAGUCAGAAGAUGUUCUACAGAACCAGGAGGCACCACAGAAGAAGCUGCCCUCCUCUGAGGCCCAGCUCAUCUCAGGCAUUUUUCAGAACUGCAUCAGUAAAGUUUUUAUUGCAGCAACUCUGCCAGAUUUCCUCCGGCUGAGCAGUCUGUCCGGAGUUGAGGACGAGGAGUUGAGCAAGGCACUUCAGAGGCAUCACGUGUUAGUGGAGGGACUGGAGACGCUUGAGGGUCUUCAGCAGGAGUCAGGAGACGAUGAGGAGGCAGGGAGGAGGCGAAGGGCUCAGCUGGAGGAGGACAUCAAGAACUCCAUCAGGGAUCUGCUCAGGUUCGUACGAGCCGACCCAGGUGCCAUCUCUGGAUGGAGAGCAGAGCCAGGUGUGGAGGUAGGGGAGGACGAGAAGAUGCUACUGAGAGAGCUCGAGAAGUUCCACGGUCAGAUGGAAGAAAAGCUGCUGACCAGUCCGGAUGAGGAGCUGCAGCAGGUUCUCCUCAGCCAGGUGUGUUCACACGCGGUGGCUGAUCUGGAGGAAUUUGCUUUAAAAGAGGAAGAAGUCGCUACAGCCAUGAAGACAGUCAAUGAAAAGAUCUCUAAAAAAGAUAGACAGAUAAAAACUCUGCAGGGUGAGCUGCAGGCGCAUAAGACAGAAGAAGAACGGAUGUUAAUUCCCCAGGACCAGCAGAGCCAUCCAAAUGUAAAAGCCUCCCAGGUGAAGCAGGCAGGUUUACAGCAGGUGAUAGAUCAGCUGAAGGUUCAGCUCAACAGUCUGAUGCUGGAGAACAAACAGGCAGAGACGUCGCUUCAGCAGAAAAAUGAAAAGUUGGAGACAGAAAUUGAAGAGUUGCUCCGAACGUUCGACAGUAAAAUGGAAGUUAUCCAGGCCCACCUGGAGGUAAACGAGAUGGACUAUGAAAGGGAGGCGGAGGAGCUGAGGACGCUGGAGAAACACUUCUCCGUCCUCGAGGUGGAGUACAACCAGAUCCUGGAGAGGCGUCGUCUGGAGGAAGAGAGGAGGGUGGAGGAGCUGAGGGAGCUGGAGCUGAAGACCAAAGCUGCUAUCAUGGUGCAGGCGUGGUGGAGAGGCUACAGCACCCGCAAGGCUUUAAAGAACAAGGGCAAGAACAAGAAGGGCAAGAAGGGCAAAGGCAAGAAGACCAAAUGAGCCUCCUCAGCAUAGAUAUAGAGUAAAAACAAUUAAACUCCACAUUCAGUGUGUUUGUCAUGUAUGUCUCUGAAUAAAGUAGUUUAUUACUGACUAUAAA